AUGCUCAUGACACUCGUCAUGCUAUUUAUAUGCCUCCGCAUACAUAUCAGAGGCUAUGUCCUAAAGGCCUGGGGAUUGGAUGACAGUUUUUUCUUGCUCUCUGGGGCAACUGACGGGAACCUCGGUGUUCAUAUCUGGAACAUAACCUUUGAUGAGAUACGAACUGAGAUUCAUUACACUUUGGCGACAGUGCUCAUCUACGUCGCUGCAUUCACCUCUAUAAAGAUGACGUAUCUUCUACAAUACCGCCGAGCCAUUGCCGUUCGCUUUAUGCAAACAUUCUGUAAUGUUUUUCUGGUUGUGCUUUUCAUCAACAUGUGUGCCAUGUGCAUAUCUUGCGGCUUGGUAAUGAAAAUGCUUCUGGACCCUCAAAGCUUGUCGAUUGAUGCUCAGGCUUCACUCUUGACUUGGAGCUAUGCACAUUCCGCUGUUCAGUUAUUUACGGAUAUCAUUAUAUUUAUUGUUCCACUACCUCUCCUGGGUCGGCUGAAGGUCUCAACAAUGCAAAAGGCGGGCCUUUUUGCCAGUUUUGGUGUCGGUAUCUUCACCUGCACGAUAUCCGUACUGAGAAUCAUCACCCUCAAAGAGGGAUUACAGUCCGCAGACAUAUUUUACGAGUCUGUCCCGCUAGUUCUCUUAACAGUUGCCGAGGUUGCAUCAGCAAAUAUCUGCAUAUGCAUCCCGAUUUUAAAGCCUCUCGGACUAUUUUCAGGUAUCUUUCACAUAUUCAAGCGGGGAUAUUGCAUCCGAUUGUCAAGGUUUAUGAACAAAUCAGACGCCAAAGAGAGAAAAACGGCAAACAAACCUGCUCCUUGUUAA